AUGAUAGAAGGUAGUGGUAGUUGUGAUGAUUUACAGAUAGAAUUUAGAGAGUCAUUAAUUAAUGAUUGUAGUAGUGGUGGUGGUGGUGGUGGUGCUAGUAAUAAUGAAAAACAAGAUGAAUUUAUCAAUUCAAAGUAUGAAUUGAUUGGUGUAGCAACAGGUAGGAUAACAAAGGACCAAGGAAUCUGUUCAUUAUUUUACCAAAAUUAUGAUGGUUAUUUAAUGACAUUUGGAGUUAAAGAACAAUUUAGAAGUAAAGGUAUUGGUUCUGAAUUGUUAAAUAAUAUUUGUAAAUUAUUUUAUAAAAGAGGUUGUGAUAAAGUUUAUUUACAUGUAAAGAAAGGUAAUAAUAGUGCAUAUAUGUUUUAUAUAAAGAAUGGAUUUAUUUUGGAUGAUGAAAUUGUAAAUUAUUAUAAAAUUGAAAAUAUAAGAUAUAAUGCUUUGGGUAUGUCAAAAGAUUUAAGACCAAAAGAAAGAAGAAGUAAUUGGCAUUCAUUUAUAUCAUUACUCAAACAAAAUCAAAAUAUUGAUGAUGACGAUGAGGAUGAAUAUGAAGUUGAUAUAAGAGAUAAUAAUAAUUUAAUUACCAAAGUACCAAAUGGAAAUGAUCAUCAAAUGAAUAAUAGAAAAAGAUUUAAUUUUAUUUUCAUUUUAAUCAUUUUUAUUUUCUUAAUUGUUUCAUUAACAUUGGUCGCAAUUAAUAAUAAUAAUAAUAAUAAUAAUAAUAAAAUUAUACAAUAA